AUGCCGCAGGCUGAGAAUUUCGAGCAGCUUUCGCCUGAGCAGAAGGUAACCAUGAUGGAGGCUAUUAAGAAGUUUCAGCUUGAUCUUGAUACUCUUUCAGGCUUCCUUCAUGACCUCACCAAGACCCGCCGCGGAUUGAUAGAUAUGGUUGCCCCCUAUGGAUGUGAAGACGAUUCCUCGUGGGAAGGUGUGUUGGCUCUCUCUACCAUUUUGGCGGUGGACCUUCGCAUGAAGAAGCAAUUCCCGAAUGGCUUCGCCGCCGCCGAGCCGAUGCUCCUGACCUCUUUCGCGAAAGACCUCCACGUCCGCUGCAAGAUGGAACUCUUUGAUGUGGCGGUCGCAUACGUCGCGUCCUUGGUGGAGGACGGCGAGUGGGUCGGUAGAACGGUGGUUCAGCUCUUGAAAUUCACGAUUGACAAGGCUCGGGAGGAUACUUCUUCCAUGCUGCGCGCCACCGUCGGCCCGGGCACCUUGGAGCAACUGCCCGUGCCCAUUGAUUUCAUCGCGACGUGCAUCGACGAAUCCGGCCGCAUGGACGAGGCCCUCCAGAGAAUGGCGGCCCGCCUUGAGGAGACCGAGGCAAUUCAGAAGAUCGACCAUGUCAAGACCGUGGUGAAGAUCCUCGAAACCAUCCACAAAGAGGGCAACCACCCAGAUCAGUCGAAGCUCGACUUGAUGAUCAGGGCAAUCCCGUCUCUGAAGGCCAUCGCUGCGUGCCAGCCAGUCGAGGUACUGGUGCCGACGGUGCCGACUGAUGACUUCCCCGACUGGGAAGAGGUGCAGGCGUUCCUGAACAAGUUCCCCGAGGUGACCCGCGAGUGCAAGGCCUUCGCGACCCUCGAUGCGGACAAGGUGGAGUCGAAGCAGGAGGACCUCAAGCGGCUGGCGACCCAGUUCAACGCGCACGUCAAGCGGACAUCGAAGGACUUGGAUAAGCUGGCAGAGAUCUGGCAUAACGAGAAGAUGAAGCGCUCCAGCGACGAGUUGGAGACUUUGCUGUUCGACCCGAAGCCGCUGCUCAAGAAGCUGGACGAUGAGAUCCAGGAACUGAUCGAGUUUCCCAACCGUGUUCGCAUGGUCGAGCUGGUGAAGAUGCUCAACACGGAAAUCAAGCAUGGCGGCAAGUUUGUCGACGCGCUCGGCGGUACAGACAAGAAUUGCGAGGACUACGAGAAGGUGUCGAACGCGGCGAAGGCCACCAGGAAGAAGGCCCGGCUGCUGAUCACUUGCCGCACGGGGUGCCAGAUCAUCCAGAAGAAGAAGGUGAGCGACAUCAAGAAGUUCUACCAGGAGGCAUCCAGCCUGCAGGUGCAGGUCCCCGCCGAGAUCAAGAAACAGCUCGAUGAGCUGCAGAAGACGACCCCGCCGGCGUAG